CAGAAAACAUACAUGGAAGAAAACAAAUGAAAUUUCAGACUGCAUCCAGAAAAUAGAGAUAUUCAAUAUUGUGGAGAAAUAAUUUCACACAUGAGAGAAAUCCUCCCUUUCUGACGUAUGUGGUCAUUUUGAUGGAAAGGAUCUUUGUUUCAAAGACUGAAUUUCCUGGACACAAGUCUUGCUCUCUCCUAAGUGAGUGGAGCCUUAAUCACACUAAAUCCUGGAGAAAUGGCUUUUAUGGGUGUGGAUACCAGAUGCCUGGGUCUCUUUCUUCUUUGCACAAUAAUUGGACAUUCUUUGGAGGUAAAAGUUAAUCCUCCUCAGGAUUUUGAAAUAAUGGAUCCCGGAUUACUAGGUUAUCUCUAUUUGCAAUGGAAACCUCCUGUGCUUAUGGAAAACUUUAAGGAAUGCACAUUGGAAUAUGAGUUAAAAUACCGAAAUGUUGACAGUGACGAUUGGAACACCAUCAUUACUAGGAAUCUAAUUUACAAGGAUGGGUUUGAUCUUAACAAAGGCAUCGAAGGAAAGAUACGUACGCAUUUGUCAGCACAGUGUACAAAUGGAUCAGAAGUUCAAAGUUCAUGGAUGGAAGCUUCCUAUGGGAUAUCAGAUGCAGGAAGCCUGGAAACUACAAUUCAGGAUAUGAAGUGUAUAUAUUAUAAUUGGCAGUAUUUGGUUUGCUCUUGGAAGCCUGGCAAGGUAGCACAUUCUGAUACCAACUAUACUAUGUUUUUUUGGUAUGAGGGCUUGGAUCAUGCCUUGCAGUGUUCCAGUUACCUCCGAGAUAAUGAAAAAAAUGUUGGAUGCAAACUUUCCAACUUGGAGUCAUUAGACUAUAAAGACUUUUUUAUCUGUGUUAAUGGAUCCUCAAACAUGGAACCUAUCAGAUCCAGCUAUACCGUUUUUCAACUUCAAAAUAUAGUUAAACCGUUGCCACCAGAAUUCCUUCAUAUCAGCGUGGAGAAUCCCACUGAGAUGAGAAUGAAAUGGAGCACACCUGGAGGGCCCAUUCCACCAAGGUGUUACACUUACGAACUGGUGGUCCGAGAAGACGGGAUUUCCCGGGAGUCUGUCACAGAUAAAAAUGACAUGAAGUUGAAAAAGACAGCAAAUGAUAGUGAAGAACUGUGCUUUUUUGUAAGAAGCAAAGUCAAUAUAUAUUGCGCAGAUGAUGGAAUUUGGAGUGAAUGGAGUGAAGAGGAAUGCUGGGAAGGUUUCUCGGGGCCAGACUCAAAGAUUGUUUUCUUAGUACCAAUUUGUCUUUUCUUUGUAUUCCUUUUAUUACUUCUCUGCCUGAUUGUGGAGAAGGAAGAACCUGAACCACCAUUGAGCUUCCAUAUGGAUCUGAACAAGGAAGCUUAUUCUUAUGAAGAGACCCUCUGUUAAGCUACCCUUUUCCAGGCAUAGAGCCACCCAGAAUGAGCCGUAUUAAACUCAUUUUCUCUUCAAGUUUCAAAUACAACUUAUUGCAAAACA